GGCUUAUCUAUAUAAAGCAGGCCGCUUCAAUAAUCGCUAAAGGAGGAAAUCUUGGAAAGCUGCUCUUUUCCCCCUGGGGACUUACAACAGUAUAUCAGCAUACGUUGAGAGGGGUUACUACCUCUUCCAAACGAAGCAAAUAACUAUGGCAUCCGGAACAGUACAAACUGAACUCGCUGACAAGAGCACUGGAACCACGACACAAUCCUACGACAUAGUACCAAGUCUCUACAGAAACGAAGAUCAAGCAGCGCUUCAGCAGAAAACGUCGCAAUAUCUAUUCAACUAUGGAACAAAGUUCAUGAAAGAUGUCAUAUGCGGUGCUAAGGGCCUCUAUGUAUAUACGGUAGCAGGCCACAAAGUCCUUGACUGGACAUCAGGCCAGAUGUCUUGCUUGUUGGGCCAUGGACAUCCCGAGAUUGUAAAGACAAUAGCCGACCACGCAGCAAAUCUUGACCACCUCUUUUCGGGGAUGGUUUCGCCCCCAGUUAUAAGCUUAGGCGAGAGACUCUGUUCGUUACUUCCACCGGGCCUAGACAAGGCUUUCUUCCUAUCCACCGGAGGUGAGUCCAACGAAGCGGCAGUCAAGCUAGCCAAAGUUUAUACCGGCAAAUUUGAAAUUGUAGCCGUGAAUGGCUCGUGGCAUGGGGUGACGGCUCAAGCUCUUAGUGUUCAAUAUCAUUACGGAAGAAAAGGUCAAGGGCCCCUCAUGCCUGGAAUGCAUAUGCUACCAGCUCCUAACGCAUAUCGAUCCAUAUUUCGCCAUCCAGACGGAUCAUACGAUUGGGAGACCGAGCUCGACUAUGGCUGGAGUUUAAUCGAUCAAGCGUCCUGCGGGUCGCUCGCUGCUGUCAUAGUAGAGUGCAUCCAGUCCUCCGCGGGUAUACAUGUCCUCCCUGAGGGAUACCUGAAGGCUCUAAAGAAUCAUUGCGAGAGAAGGGGUAUGCUCUUAAUUGUCGACGAAGCACAAACCGGCGUCGGGCGCUGCGGUGAUAUGAUGGCCAUCCUUCACGAAGACGUAGUCCCGGAUAUAUUGACGCUGAGCAAAACUCUUGGAAAUGGUCUUCCGCUAAGCGCCGUCGUGACCAGCUCAGAGAUUGAGAAGGUGUGCAUUGAGAGAGACUACUGCUUCUAUACAACUCACGUGAAUGAUCCCCUACCUGCCGCGGUAGGUAACAAAGUCUUAGAAAUCGUAUUGCGUGAUCAUCUGGUCGAGCAUUCUAGGGCCAUGGGAAAGAUCCUGCAUGAAGGUCUUGAGGUAUUAAAACAGCGGUACGGGUGCAUUGGAGAUGUGCGCGGUAGGGGAUUAAUGGCUGGUGUUGAGAUCGUGGCCGAUCGAGUGACGAAGGCACCGGCGACAGAGUUAGCAAGAUCUAUAGCGGACAAAGCAUACGAUCUCGGUGUUUGGGCUAAUCUAAGCAGCCACGGGAGCUUCAGUGGAAUCUUCAGAAUAGCCCCACCGAUCACCGUCACAAGAGAGCAGAUACAGGAGGGCAUUCAGUUGCUAGAACAGGCAUUUGCUGCUACACCGGGCGCUAUGCCUUUAUAUUAGCAAGUAGUAUGACAUUGUCUUCUGAACAGGACUUGAGUAUAAUCUAUACACCGUAAGCUUA